UCCUCUUCAAAGGGAUUCAUUGAAAGCUAUUCUCUUGGAUACAUUUGCUGCUGGUACGGAUACAACUUAUACAACUCUGGAGUGGAUAAUGACAGAGCUUUUGACGCAUCCGAGUGCCAUGGAAAAAUUACAGAAUGAAGUGCGACAAUUAGCCCAAGGGAAAUCAGAGAUAACAGAGGACGACUUAGGAAAUAUGCAGUAUCUGAAAGCAGUGAUCAAAGAAACUCUCAGACUUCAUCCACCGGUUCCACUGCUAAUCCCUCGAGAAUCAUUGGAAGACGUAAAAUUACUAGGCUAUCAUAUCCCUGCUAAAACUCAAGUCAUUGUUAAUGCUUGGGCAAUCGGAAGAGACCCAUUGUCGUGGGAAAAUCCAGAGAAGUACCGGCCAGAGAGAUUUUUUUUAAGUAGUGAUAUUGAUGUCAAAGGACUAAACUUUGAGUUGAUUCCCUUUGGUGCAGGCAGGAGGGGCUGUCCAGGAAUUGCUUUUGGUAUUAUUGUAAAUGAGCUAGCAUUAGCAAGGCUUGUGCACAAGUUCAAUUUUGCAUUACCACAAGGGAUAAAAGGUGGGGAUUUGGAUAUGACUGAAGGCACUGGCAUCACUGUUCGUAGGAAAUCACCUUUGCUAGCAGUGGCCACUCCUUACUCUAGUUAGUAGCCUUUUCUGAAAUAUUCACCCAUGUUAAAUACUUGCUAGAGAUGAAGAAAAAAAGCUCUAAAUGAAUGUUAUAAUAAAACUAUGUACGAUAUUUAUACUUUAAGUUUAUCUGA